CUAAUGUCAGCGCUGUCAGUAUCAUGUGCGCAGUGCGACACCGCAUGUUGAUUAUUAUUUAAUUUGAAAUACAUAUAAAUAUUGUAUUACGCCCUAGACGCAAUAAAAUAAUAUACGCAAAAAAUCAAUAAGUGAAAAAAUAUACGAUGGCCUGUAAACUACACCGUGUUCGUUUUUAUAAUCCGAAACCAGAGCAAAUCAAUUGUGUAUCUUUUAAUACAAAAAGCAAACACUUAGCACUGGCAAGGCAGGAUGCGUCUAUUGAAGUAUGGGAUUUAAACUAUGCACCUUUUCUUCUUAAAUUCAAACCGGGUGAAGCAAAUACUUCUGUAGAAGCCCUGGGAUGGGUUAACCAUAGAUUACUCUCUACAGGCCUCGGAGGGGCUUUAUUAGAAUGGGAUAUGGAGAGUCUUUCAAUAAAAUUUACAAUGAUUCUAACUGGCUAUGCUGCAUGGUGUCUAGAUGUUAAUUCAAGUAAUACUCUAGUAGCAGUAGGAACUGAACAAGGCUAUAUUAAUUUAUAUUCAGUGGAAAAUGAUGAGAUUGUUUACAAAAAGAUUUUUGAUAAACAGGAGGGAAGGAUUUUGUGUUGCAAAUUUAAUAACACAGGCAGUGUAUUAGUAACAGGAUCUAUUGACACAAUCAGAGUGUGGAAUGUUGAAACCGGUCAAGCAACAUGUCGAAUGUCUGUUAGUAGAAAAGCAAAGGAAACUAUUGUCUGGUGUCUUGCUGUUCUGUCUGAUAAUACAGUCAUUUCAGGAGACAGUCUCGGAAGGCUUACUUUCUGGGAUGGUAACCUAGGAGAUCAGAUCGAGUCAUAUAAAUGCCACAAGUCUAAUAUAUUAUCAAUAGCAGUUUCUGAUGAUGAGAACAGCUUGUACUGCAGCGGAGUUGAUCCAAUUAUUAUGAAUUUUGUCAAAGUUAAUUGUAGUUCUGGAAAUCAAUCAAGUGCACAAUGGGUGAAAAAUGUGCAGAGAAAUAUACAUGAGCAUGAUGUGAGGGCUCUUGUAAUACAUGGUGAUAAGCUAAUAUCUGUAGGAGCAGAUGGUUAUUUAACUCUUUCAAGCUAUCCACCAAAAUGGGUGAUGAGAAUUCCUCCUAUGGUACCGGCACCAAGAUCAGCUGUUUGUCCUCAAAAGAAAUUACUAUUAUUAAGGUACAGCAACUAUCUUGAAGUUUGGAAACUUGGUUCCUAUGCAGUAAAUGACACUGGAAUUGUAGCAGUGGCAAAUUUGAAUCAGACCGUAAAACAAAGAGACCCUAAUAAUGAACUUGAAAAAGAUUCUGAAAUAAGUGCUUUAAAUAAAACAGAUUAUAAAACGGAAUUACAACAAACAAUAAAGAGUUUGAAACUAACAGAAGCACCGAUUAAACUUGUGUCGAUUCAAACAAAGGGCAAGAAGCAAUUAAAAUGCUUUGAACUCUCUCCAAGCGGGGAAUUAAUUGUAUACUCCACUGACAAUAACAUGACAUUGUUAAAAUUGGAAUGCGAUGAUGACCAAGCCAAUAUAUCAUUGACAAAAGUGUUAGUCAGUGGUCUUGAAUUUUGUGACCGCGUGGCCUUCACUGAGGAUUCUCGCAUGAUGGUCGCUUACAAGGAUGGAGAGUUGAAAGUGUUACAAGUGGACCCUGAAGCGGGCGCCACCGUAGUGCAGAACAUUCCUUGUGAAAAAUACCUCGGCUCGAAAUGUAUUUUACAUCUCCAUAUAUCAAAAGACACUCCAUCAAAAACGAUUUACCUAGCGGCGGCUGACACGCUGGGCGAUAUCACCAUAUGGAUAAAGAAGGACAAUAAAUUUAGAUUCUACGUCUCAUUGCCGAGAUACAGAUGCGUGCCGUCCGCCUUGACCUUCGACAACGAGGAAGAGAAACUCAUCGUAGUUUACGUCGAUCAAGAGCUGAUCGAGUACGACCUGGUGAACGCGAGAAUUUUGAAGAACUCGGUGACGGAGAGCGAGCCGUGGCGCGCGCGCACGGCGGCCGUCGUGGCGCUGUGCGCGCCGCCCGCGCGCCCCGCGCACCCCGCGCUGCUCGCGCGCGACGACAGCUCGCUGUGGCUGCUGCGCACCGACACCGCCGAGGUUGAUACCGAAGGACCGACACCAAAGAAAAUGACAAAAAAAAAGAAUCCGAUACAUCCUCACUCCCAAAUUAGAGUCAUUCCUUUGAAGUACUUGGCUGAUUUCCACUGGCUUGGAGACGACGAAGCUGUGACGAUAGAAAUUUUACCCGAAAAUAUUAUAUCCCAGCUGCCUCCCGUGAUAGCCACGAAGAGGCACAAUGUUUAAGCGGUGUUUAAUAUAUUUAAUAUAUAAGUGUUUAUUGUACUGCUAAACGUGUUUGAUUCAAUGUUUAUUUAUCUCUAGUCUGUGUGUAGUAUAUGAUAAAAUACCAAUUUUUAUUGAUAUAAUUAAACUUAAAAAUAAGUUAUCAAAUUAGACAACCUUUUUAAGAAUAAGAUUUUAUUAAAUGCAUGUAAUAAAAUAUACACAUAAUAUAAGGCCGCUGGGAGAAUGCCGUCCUGAGGUCCGUUUUUUAUGUUAGAGGUGGUAUACGGUCAGGUUUACCUGAUGCAAAGUGACUACAACCACCUAUGGACAUCUGGAACACGGGCAUGCAGGUGCAUUGCCGGCCUUUAAAGAAUGAGUAGGUUCUUUUUUUGAAAGUUCUUAAGUCAUAUCGGUCUGAAAAACCCCCGGCAAAAGUUGGUUCUUCUGGAACCAGUUGUGUAGUUGUGCGAGGCAGGAAAUGUCUUAAAAAUCCCACUGUUGAGGAUUUUCAUAAGGUGGUAUGUAGGGAAUUUAACACGAUGUCGGGCAGUGAAAUUAAGUGGCCAGAAUUAAUUCAAACAAUUCCUCGGAGCAUUCCCAGUGAAAGAUGCAAUAUCGCUGCGCAAAUCCAAGGGUUAAGUCGCUCGAAAAGAGCUUGCUCUUCGAUAAUUCGAGCCGUUCUACGUUGAUUGCGAUCAAAUGGAAGACGCUGGUAUUGGGGAGCACCCGCCUGGAGAUGACAGCAGUACUCUAUGUGAGGCCGAAUUUGCACCUUGUAGAGUUUUAGGCAUUGAGUCGACGUUAAGUACUGUUUCACCUUGUUGAGCACACCAAACUUUCAAUUUGGCUUGCCCUUCCAAUUGACUGCGGAACUAAACAACGCUCGAAAUUUUGACUCGAAAUGAGAGCUGACAGAAAUUCUUUAAGACAUCUUUAACAAGAGACUUUCCAAUGGAAGACGCGCUAAUUCUAACAAUGUGCUCCGACUUCGCCUUAUUAAUAACGUUUUUGAAGGACCAAGAGAUAGAGUUGUAUUCGUCGCUACAGCCCAGGCCUGGUCGCAAUAACCAAGGCUGGAUUUGUCGCAAAUGGGAACCGCCGAGUACGGAACUUUAUUCCGUAAUUAGUUCCAAGCCCUGAAGUACCACAUUGGUGGCCGAGUUAGCAACGGUAUCUAGAUCAUCUGACGAAAAGCAAAUUCGCCACCAUGCUGGUAAGUUGCAAAAAAGAACUCGAGUGAUGGGUUCCACUGUCAAACUUCAGGAACGCAUUCUCUCAGCUAUGAGAUUUUAGUAGAUUGUAUUGUCACUGUGCAAAACUUUAGCUUUACUUGUUUGAAUGGACCUGGUUUACAAUUCAGUUGCAGGGUUUAACCCAUAUAUAGCAGCUUAUGUUAGAUAUAAGCGUGUAAGUAUAAGGAAAUGCAUGGUUAGGUUAAAAAAAUAAUACCUUAACUUAUAUUUCAAGUAACUAUGAAACAAAUUCUAGUAGUACAUACUUACUAUCUAUGUUAGCACUAAUGUUAUAAUUAAUGGGAUGACGUCACUCACUGC